AUGGGGAGAAUUAAAAAGGUCGCGAGCCAGAAACAUGAAGCCACGAUCUCGCCAUAUCUAGCAGAAUUUAUCACUCGUGCUACGACUAUCUCAAUUCCCGAGCUCCCGUCACAUCUCAACAGCUUCUCUCGUCUAUGGCCAUUUCCCAGAGGCGACUUGUACCAUUGGAUCAACGUUCUCAACCGAUUCGAUGAGAUUCUUGCAUCUGUGAUCGAAACUUAUACCCUCAGUCAAGGCCCGCAGACGAAGUCUUUCAGCAGACAGUUCUUGGUGCAGUGCUGCGCGACAGAUGACAAUGGCGGGGUUUCGGAGGAUGUCGAUGCCAGGUUGGAGGCUUUGCAGUAUGGCCCAGAAGGAGAUAGGGAACUACUGGAAGUGAUCAUCGAUUUCUCCCGACUCCUGCUGGAGAAGUGUGGCAACCGCAGUCUGUAUGGUAGUAGUGAACGCCUUGGGGAUCUCCUCAACACCACAUCGCCUUCUCUUCUCCAGUCAACUCUACGCCUGUCGCUCUGCCUGGCACAGAGGUAUCAUUCACGCCACCGAGGUGGCUCCCAUCUCCAGCAGAGCUUGUUAGCAGCACAUUACAAUAUCGACUUAGAGAAACUACAGAAGAUUGCCGCCCCAUUUCCUCGUCCGACUGGUGUGUUACCUGCAGCAGCAGUCAAGACGAAGGAGAAGGGACCCCAGACUAAACACAACGCCAACGAUUUGGUCACGCUGACUCGAGAGAACGACAGCUGGGAUGAGUGGGGGCAUGUUCGCUUGCUCUAUUAUCCAUCCGGACCAUCGGAGCCAGCGAAGGCGUUGUUUGAGACCGAUACUAGCGGCACUUCAGUGCAACCUCCCACUACUCCAACACCUCUGCGUAGAACUCAUACUCACCCCACCCCACGCUUGAGUCGUCUGUCCACCACCGACGACUCGCCCAGUUCUGUGAUCGCGACUCCCGCAAAGCCAGACGAAGCGCUACGGGGCGGCACGAAUCUUGAAAUCCCCUAUUCUAAGAUCUCAUCAUCUAAGGCCGAGGAUCUUCUUUCCACUUAUGUGGGAGAGGUCCCAGAUGACUCCAAGUAUGAAUUGCUGCACAGAAUUCGCACUGCUCAGGGAUUGGCAACGUCUCGGGACAGCAGGGAGCAGAUCCUGGCUAUUCGAAUCCUUGCCCUCACCAACCUGGCUUAUGUUUACCCCGAGCCGCUAUUCCAACAAAAGAUACUUCAGUAUGAUAUGGAACAACCCAAGCGCCUUCAGCUCGCUUUCCAACUGGCUGAACUUGUUCAUCUUGGGGCAAGCGGUGAUCUGGAAGUUUCACGGACUGUGCAGACAUUGGCACUCCAGGCGCUCGACGCCCUUGCGAAACACAAGGCUCGUGCUAUUGACGUCUGUGCUGCUUUGAGUGUGAAUGUGAACCAUGGUGUUUUGAUGUUCCUCACCCGGAAGGUAGUCAAUGAGCUGGGCUCCGAGGACAACGAGCAGGAUGAUGGUAGCCAGGAUGAGUGGCGGGAUGCUUUGCUUGCCUUACUGCGGACGCUGCCCGGAUCAAGUACUAGGACUCCCGAGACUCUUGUUUCCGCCGGGCUGAUCCCAAUGUUCGUGGAUGUCUUGAAGCUACGAACUGAGAAGGCCCGUCGAGUCUACUCCAGGGUAAUGGAAUUCUUGGAUACCUUCGUGCACGCAGUUCGUGAUGCACUUGGUACUCUUACUAGUUCGAAGGGAUUCGAUGCAAUCUCAGACUUGAUCGAUCAUGAAACCAAAUCUUCUUUCGAGCAUGUAAAAAGCGGAAAUGGACUCCCCCCGCAACACAAGACACCUUCUAUCGACUAUCAGAUCCCCUAUUUUCAGCAACAGACCCUCCGUUGGAUGUUUCGUUUCGUCAAUCAUAUCAUGCAACACAAUGGCGGUGGCUUCGAUCGUGUUCUUCGGAAUCUGAUCGACUCGCCUCAGCUGCUGACAUCGUUGCGGCUUGUGCUUGAAAAUGCCCGGGUGUUCGGCUCUCACGUUUGGAGCAAUGCGGUCAAUAUUUUGAGCAGCUUCAUUCAUAAUGAGCCCACCAGCUACGCGGUCAUUGCUGAAGCUGGACUCAGUAAAAGUCUGCUGGAGGCCGUCACAUUCUCCGAGCUGAAGGUCGCCGAAAAGUCAGCAGCCGAGCCGGAGGAUGUCUCCACAGAAAAUGAGCCCUCGACGACUGCAAAUACUGGAACUUCGGAUCCCACAGCGACCAAGGAUAAAGCCCCUCGCGUCUAUAGCAUUGCACGACCGAAAGAUGUACGGCUGGCACCUGGGAUAAUGUCUGCUGCAGAAGCUCUUUCUUGCGUGCCUGCUGCGUUCGGAGCCAUUUGUCUUAACUCGUCAGGAUUGGACCUGUUUCAGUCUUCCCAUGCACUGGAGAGUUUCUUCGAAAUUUUCGAGAACCCGGAGCAUGUGAAAUGCCUGAAAGACGACCCUAACUUGGUCCGCUCCUUGGGUACUACCUUUGACGAGCUUGUGCGGCACCAUCCAGCUUUGAAGUCCCAUGUCAUGACUGCGGUCAUUGUCAUGGUCGCCCGUGUGGGACUCCUUUGCAAAACUAAAGCUUGGUCACAUGGUAUGGGAGCGAAACUUUGGACAGAAGACCAGCAAGGCAAGCAAGUCCUUGCAGGAUCAACUUCUCAUCUGUUGAAUGCAAUCGGAGUUGAAAGUCAGGAUUCUUCUGACGCUCAAUCUUCGCUUGGGAUUCCCCAUCUCAACUCCGACUCGCUUCCAAACGGCGGGAAGCUUCAGAUUGGCGAUAUCAGUCAACUUCUGCCCUCUUCGGACGCACAACUUGAGCCCGAGAAUGUAGAUGAUUCAGGACUCACGGCUACGGACUACCUUUAUCCUGUUGUUCGUUUCUUGGGGGCCUUCUUUGAGAAUCAAGCCAACUGCACAUAUUUCAUCGAGUCUGGUGCCGCGGAGUUCAUUCUCGACUUCGCAACUCUGCAGAGCCUUCCCUUUGAUUUUCACAACACGGAAGCCAACCAGGAGCUUGCUGUUCUCGUGCACAUGUUAGCUGAAACCAAACCUCAUGUGGUCGUACCAUCUCUUUUGCAGCGGACCGAGCGGGCUGUUGACAUGCUCGCGGAAUUCUGGCAGAAGCCCGAAAAUCUCCACAACGGCUUCUUCAGUCCUUUGAUUAAACAGUCGUCUCAACCUGGGUCGGAGGAUAAAGGCAAAGAAUCACUUUCCCCCGCGUUGACACAUGGGACGUAUUUUGCAAAGCACAUGGGAGCUGCACUUGUUUUGACAGACUUCCUUCGCGAAAUUUUCUCCAUGCCCCUAUAUCAAUCCCGCCCCAGUCUACAGCUUCCUAUCUUUGUCCAGGUGAACCUAGCUGACCAUUACUGCUCGCUCGUAAAGAAAUUGGGAGGAUUGCAUGCUGCUUGCGUUUGGGAGGAGAUUCUGCUUGAGAAGAACAUACCUGAUACUUGGGAUCAGGCCACGAAAGUGCAACAGUCUGGUGCUACUUCCGACAAGCCCGCUGAUGCUCAGUUACAGCCGAACUCUGACGCCGUACUUGUUCCAAGCGGUGGAUCCCAACGGGAGGGCUCAGCUGCAAGCGACGCCGCUCAGACAGGUGCUGUGCAAGAGACAAAGCCAAACGCAUCCAAGGUCCCUGAAACCGGAGUCGCCUUCACGAAUGCGCAAGCUCUGCGAUACCUCCUGAGUUCUUUGCCUUCCUCUAUCACGGGAUUCUUUCACAAUUUGGGUCUUGGUCUGAGCGGAAAGAAGAGAUAUGAUGCUUACCAGAAACAGAACGCAACUUCGGUGGCUGAAGAGAUUGCGCAAGCCGUGCUCGAGCAGUUGCGAUUUCUGCCUCCGAAAUUAAGUCAGAGCUCGAAGCUGCGUUUCGCUUACCUCAUCGUCAUACUUUCUUCCUUCUCGCAUCUGCUUUAUGAGGUCACGCCGGACCGCCCGCAUGCACACUAUCUGACAAUGGUGCUGUUCGCGUUCAAGAGACUAGAAGGCUUAAAAGCAAUGAAAGAGAUCUGCGACCUAUUUGUCCAGGAGGUGAAGACUCUUACGCCACCAGAAAAUGUUCCAGAAUCUGAGACAGAUGUCUCUGCGAGACUCACUUCCGCAUACGGUGGUAUCAAGAUCAUUCUUGGCUUCUUUUCUGAGCUCGCCUCGGGUAAGAACAUAAUGGAGUCUAGCCAAACACAAUCGAUGACAACAAGCGGUGACCGCGACCGCGACCGGCCAGAUUACUUCCAGCCUGCUCAGUUUCUCGUUGAUCUUCGAAUGGAAAUUUUGCCAAUGGCCCGUGAAAUGUGGAACUCAGAUUUCGCCACACAGUCGUCCAGUUCGGUUGUCAAGUGCCUGAUCGACAUCUUGCGCUCAUCGCUUGAUGGAGACCAUGAGGCCGGAGCUGCUCGGCAAUCCGAUACGCCUCCUGCUCUGGUAGAUGUAUCUCGACGAGCCUUUGUCAUCAGCAGGGAUCGGUUGCUGUUACUUCGGGAGAAGGGGUUUGAUAGCGAUCUUCUGAACGAAGCAGCGUAUCGAUGCUACAAUCACGGUACUGCCGAAGAAUACUGCAGGGCACAAACUUGGUUGCGGGCCCCGCCGAGAGUACCUCCGCCACCUAACGACAUCGAGUCUAUCCGUUCGUUCACACCACCCGGGGCUGAGCCAGCUGACGAUGCUGCAGGAGACUCGCCGUUCAGCAGCGUACUCGAUCGAUCUGCGCUCGCCCUGCUCUUGGCUCAAGCGUCGGGUCGGCCGACCGAAGACGGAUCACGCCCUGAACAGGGUCAAGGCAGGAACGAGGAUAGCGAAGUCAGACAUGGUACGGAGUUCUUAGCUAGAGCAUUGACUCAUAUUCUCAAUGACGAUCACGGAGCAGGGGAUGAUGAACGGGGACAUCCGUCCACCAGGAUCCCACGCAAUACUUCAACUGCUGAAGGCAUCUUGUCCGGUCCUUUGAACCAAGCCGCUAAUCAAGCGCCGGAACAACGUUCAGAACAGCCAACAAAGCGACGCCAAGUGGUCACAGUUGAAGACUUGGAUGCCGAACGAGAGAAAGUUCGCUCAAAUCUGAUUGAACGCUGCUUGGAUGUUCUGAACGAGCAUCACGAUGUGUCUUUUGAAUUGGCCGACCUCAUUGCUUCUGCUACCAGGAAGCACCGUGACCCAGAAAGUUUCCGCAGAGACGUUGGCGAGAUUCUGGUCCAGUCGCUGGUCUCACUACAGAUGGAGAAUUUCCAGGCAGCUGGUAAGAAGGUAGCCGCCUAUGCUCAUCUUCUCGCCUUGGUUGUGCAAGACCGAGAAAUGUACAAUGCUGCAUUAGGGGAGCUUAAGGAAUGUUUCUCGACUUUCCUUGGGUUCGUUCAAGUAACUCCAGAGAAGUCUACCGAUGAAACGUUCCCCUGGAUUGGGCAUGUAUUGCUUGUCCUGGAAAAGUUACUUUCAGAUGAUGCCCAGCCGCCUCAAAUCCGCUGGACGCCUCCUAGCAAUGAUGCUGCAAGUGCUGACGACGAAGGCCCAGCUCAUCUGGAAGAUCCGCUUGUUGCACCCGACCAGAAGAUGCAGUUGUUCGAAGCAUUGGUCGAAGUGUUGCCUAGGGUUGGCAAAGAUGACACUUUGGCUCUUUCCAUUUGCCGAAUUCUCGUGAUUCUUACUCGAAGCCGCGAGAUCGCUGUCCGCCUAGGUGAAAAGCGCAGUUUACAGCGUCUGUUUGUCAUGGUCAAGCAGCUCUCCAGUGCCACAAAUGAGAAAUUGCAGUCGGCUUUUAUGCUGAUCCUGAGACACAUUGUGGAAGAUGAUGAUACGAUCCGCCAGAUAAUGAGAAGCGAGAUUGUUGCGAACUUCGAAACCAAGUCUACUCGCCAAGUUGACACCACUGGCUAUGUACGCCAAAUGUACCAUCUUGUGCUUAGAUCCCCAGAACUAUUCGUGGAAGUUACAAACGAAAAGCUCAAGCUGCAGCGAUUUGAUAAUCGGCAACGUCCGCAGGUCCUCGUGCUGAAGACUGAAAAGAACAAUACUUCUCAAGGAUCCUCUACAUCUAAGCAAGGAGCUGAGAAGUCAAGCAGUGGUGAGGCUCAGUCUGGAGACGCGUCAACUGUCGAGGAUAAAGAUAAACCAAAGACCACUGCUGAACUCAAACCUCCCGUGGUAGAAAAUCCGGAUGGCGUUAUACACUAUCUCCUCUCUGAACUUCUGUCUUACAAGGAUGUCGAUGACAAGGAACCCCCGACUGAAACCGCAGAUCCAGCUGCCCCUGAUCAGUCGGAAACUCAGACCGAUGUUGAGAUGUCAGUUGACGAGCCACUGCCAUCAGUCACCAGCAAUGACGCUCAGGGCACCCGAAGUUCUAAGAAAUCGGAUAAGCCUGCUUUCAAGGCUGAUGAUCAUCCCAUUUACAUUUAUCGCUGCUUCCUUCUGCAGUGUUUGACUGAGCUCCUCUCGUCGUACAAUCGCACCAAGGUUGAAUUUAUCAACUUCUCACGCAAAGCCGAUCCUCUCGCAAGUACCCCUUCGAAGCCUCGUUCCGGAAUCUUGAAUUAUCUCCUGAACGCUCUUGUACCUGUUGGGACCAUGGAACAUGACGAGUCCGUUACGUUCAAGAAGCGCAGCAAUACAUCUGCUUGGACGAUGCGUGUGCUCGUCGCUCUGUGCGCCAAAACUGGUGAAUUCGGUGGGAUUAGAGGGCGUCGCAAUGAGCCCAAUUACAACGAUGAAGAUGAGCCUGAACUUGUCUUCGUGCGAAGAUUCGUCCUUGAACAUGCUCUACGAUGCUACAAGGAGGCGAACUCUUCAACUGAGCCUUUGGAUGCCAAGUAUGCCAGGCUGAUGUCUCUUGCGGAUCUUUUCGACAAGAUGCUGAGCGGGUACACGUACGGCUCGAGUGAGUCGGGCUUCCCAUCGUCUGUCAGGCAGCUAGGGAAGACCAUGUUCGAGAAACACUUCCUAUCUGCCCUCACUGCCUCGGUGGCGGAGAUCGAUCUCAAUUUCCCGGCAUCCAAACGGGUCAUCAAGUAUAUCCUACGCCCCAUCAACAAACUUACGCAGACGGCAGUCAUUCUGAGCGAGAAUUCAGAUAUAUCUACUCUAGGUGAGACUGAGGACGAUGAGAUCUCAUCAGCCACAUCGGUAUCGGAUAUGGAGGACGACCGUGAGGAGACCCCUGAUCUGUUCCGCCAUUCUACACUGGGCAUGCUUGAGCCUCGUCAUGAGGAGGAGACGAGCUCUGAAGAGUCCGAGGAGGAAGAUGAUGAGAUGUAUGACGAUGAAUAUGACGAAGAAAUGGACUACGACGAGGAGCUACCGGAAGAUGAUGGCGAAGUCGUAAGUGAUGAAGAUGAGAUUGAAGGCAUGGGACCUAUUGAAGGCCUACCCGGUGACAAUGGCAUGGAUAUUGAAGUCGUCCUUGAUGACGAAGAUGAUGACGAUGACGAUGAAGACGACGAAGAUGAGGAUGAGGAUGAUGACGUCUCUGAAAUGGAUGAUGACGAUAUCCUCGCUGGCGAAAUCACCGGCGACCAUGACAACGACAGUCUCGAUGAAGGAGACGAGGACGAAUGGGAAAGUGAAGACAUGUCUGAAGGUGAUGAGGAAGCUGAGAUCAUGAAUCAAUUCGAAGACGAGCUAGAUGAUAUCAGGCAAGCCGAUCAACGUGGCGACGGGCAACGUUUUGACGACUUGUUCCGAGUUCUCAAUGAGGCUGCUGGUGGUGUCGAUGGACUUCAGGCUGAUAGCCUUGAUGACAUGCAUGACGAUAUGGUCGACGAUGAGUUGGCAGAAGAUGAAGAAGACGAAGAGAUCGACGAAUUGGAGGAGGAACUCGAGGACGCCGAUGAAGAUCAAGGCUCUUAUCAAGGGUUCGACGACGAGGAAGAUCUCAUUGACCCAUGGGGAUGGGACGCUGACGAUCAUCCGCCCCGCGGUCAUCAUCAUCGAUUCCGUGGCACUCAACCCGCCUGGGCUGCUGUCACAGGAAUCAUGCCCAGUCGCCAUGGCAUUGUUCCUAUCCCGCCCUACCGACUUCACCGGACUCAGAUUCCACCCCGAGGAGGGGCUGACGACGGAACAAAUCCUCUCCUUGUUCGUACUGACCGUGGCUCUGACGCUGUUGGCCAGCCCCGUGGACCCGGUAAUGAGGCGUUCACAGAUUGGGUUCAUGGCAUGGAGCCCGUGUCAACCGGCCGCCUUCUCCCCAUGGACAGUCCUGUCAGCUUCAUGAACGCAAUUAUGCAGGCAAUUGGGAAUCAAGGAGCUCCUGGAUUUGGUGUUGUUACUCGUCCAGAUGGUAUUCAUGUCCAUGUCGACAGACGCGCUAUUCCUUCCAACCGUAUUCAAGACAUUUUUGGGCUUGGCAGACAACAGGCCGCACCCUCUCGGUCUAGGGAUGACCCUUCGCAGGCCGUGAGCUUCGCUCUGGCCCCAACCAAGACCCGAUGGCAAGAGGAGGCUCGCAUUCUGUUCAGCAAUAAUUAUGUUGAGAAGACCCAGCGAGUGAUCAACUCUCUCCUGAAGAUUCUGGUCCCGCCUGCUAUUGAAGAAGGAAAGAGACUCGAGAAACAGGCGGAGGAAGAGCGCAAACGGAAAGAAGAGGAGCGUGCAGAGCGUGAACGUCAGGAGCGUAUUGCUCGGGAGGAAGAGGAAAAAGAGCGCAAGCAGAAGGAGGAAGAAGAGAAUGCCAGGAGACAGCAAGAGCUUGAACGUCAGGAAGCAGAGCGACAGGCUGCGGGCGUUGAUCCGGAGCCAAUGGACGAUGUGCAGCAAACCGAUGUGGUCGCCCAAGCGACUGAGUCAGCCCAAGCGGACACAGGGCCAUCGGAACCUGCCCGCCGCGUGCACACGACAAUCAGAGGACGUCAAGUUGAUAUUACUGGAAUGGAGAUUGACCCUGAGUAUCUCGAAGCUCUACCUGAAGAACUAAGGGAAGAGGUCAUCAUGCAGCAACUCGCAGAACAACGAUCCCAAGCUGCUGCUGCUGGCGAGGAGCCUACUGAAAUCAACCAAGAAUUCUUGGAAGCCUUGCCUCCGGAGAUUCGAGACGAAUUGCUGCAGCAAGAGGCCGCUGAUCGUCGUCGCCGUGAGCGUGACAAUGCCCGCAGACAAGCUACUACCACUGAAGGCGCCCAGGUACACGCCGGGGAGAUGGAUGUACCAGAUUUCUUGGCAACCCUCAAUCCUGCUCUGCGACAAGCUAUUCUUGCUGACCAGCCCGACGAAGUCCUUGCAACCUUGAGUCCCGAGUUGGUAGCUGAAGCUCGUGCUUUGCCCGGCAGACGUUUGGAGCAAUUCGACGACAUCACCAGAGUCGAACCCCGUCAUAGGAAUGAGCCAGCCGACAAUCAAGAGCCAAAGAAGCAGCAACGGCGCCAGAUUGUUCAAAUGCUUGACAAACCCGGCGUUGCUACAUUGCUGCGCUUGAUGUUCAUGCCUCUUCAAGGCAAUGCUCGCCAUCAAUUGAAUGACAUUCUCCACAACGUAUGUGAGAAUCGCCAGAACAGGGUUGAAGUGAUUAGUCUCCUUCUUUCUGUCUUGCAAGAUGGAAGUGGGGACGUGUCUGCCAUUGAGCGCAGCUUUGCUCAGCUCUCGCUCCGUGCCAAGCCAACUUCUGUUCAGAAGACUCCUCAAUCCACCAAGCGCAAUUUGUCGUUCCAGACUUCCUCGAACGUCAGCAACGAGGUCACUCCGACCAUGGUGGUGCAGCAAUGUUUGGGGACCUUGUCAUUCUUGUCUCAAUACAAUCAACAGAUCGCUUGGUUCUUCCUUACCGAGCAUGAUUCGUCGUCUUCCCUGAAGCUCAAGGCAUUCCGCAAAGGCAAGGGCAAGGAGAAUCGCGCCAACAAGUUUGCGCUCAACGCAUUAUUGUCUCUCCUUGACCGCAAGCUGAUCAUGGAGAAUCCCAAUUGCAUGGAACAAUUGUCCAGUCUGCUGAGCAGCAUCACCCAGCCUCUGACUCUUCUACUUCGACGCGAAAAGGAGCGGCAAGAGGAAGAGACCAAGGGCAAGAAAUCUGAGCAACCAAAGCUUGAGCAGGGCUCCAGCGACCAACAGCAGAGCGCUUCCGCGGAACAGGAAAGCUCUACUGCAGACGCCACAAUGACGGACGCCCCAGUUCCCACUGUCGAGACCACACAGACAUCGGCACAGGCUGAAGAAUAUGCGGAAGCCAGCACAGGUGAUAAGGCAAAGGGUCCAGCUGAGGAAGAGAAGCACAAGAAAAAGACCCUUGAGCCCCCAGUUGUCCCUGAUCACAACCUUCAAUUGGUGGUUCAUAUCCUUGCAGCCCGCGAAUGCAAUGGCAAGACCUUCAGAGAUACACUGUCUACCAUCAAUAACCUGUCUGCCGUUCCGGGAGCCAGGGACGUCAUUGGAAACGAGCUGGUCAGGCAGGCUCAAGCUUUGAGCACGGUCAUCCUUACAGAUCUGGACGAACUCCUGUCGCACAUUCACCAAGCCCGGACUGGUACCGAUAUGCAGGGCUUGGCAUUGGCUAAGUUCUCUCCUGCUAGCUCCGAUCAAGCCAAGUUGCUGCGAGUCUUGACAGCGCUUGAUUAUCUAUUCGACCCCAACCGCGCAGACAAGGUUAAGGGAAGCGAGUCCGAGACCAGUGCUGCGAAAGAGGAUGUCAUGCAAACCUUAUACGAGUGCGCAACGUUCGGACCAUUGUGGACUAGAUUGAGCGAAUGCUUGACCGUUAUUCGACAGAAAGAGAACAUGCUGAAUGUUGCGACUAUUCUUCUUCCUUUGAUUGAAGCCUUGAUGGUCGUGUGCAAGAACACCACGCUGAAAGAUACGUCUAUCUCGCGGAACAGCCGUGAGCUCUCGGUCGCGAGCACUUCAAUUGACAAUGGUCUCAAUAUGGAGAGCCUUUUCUUCAAGUUCACAGAAGAGCAUCGCAAAAUUCUGAACGAACUUGUCCGGCAAAACCCCCGACUGAUGAGUGGCACAUUCUCACUGUUGGUCAAGAACCCUAAGGUACUCGAGUUUGAUAACAAACGCAACUAUUUCACUCGUCGCUUGCAUUCUCGUGGUGCGGAGCCUCGCCAUCCUCACCCUCCUCUUCAGCUGUCCGUUAGACGUGACCAAGUUUUCCUCGACUCCUUCAAGUCUCUGUACUUCAAGACGGCGGAUGAACUGAAGUUCGGAAAGUUGAAUGUGCGCUUCCAUGGUGAAGAGGGUGUUGAUGCAGGCGGUGUGACUAGAGAAUGGUUCCAAGUUCUCGCACGCGGCAUGUUCAAUCCCAAUUACGCUCUGUUCAUUCCUGUGGCUUCGGACAGAACUACGUUCCAUCCUAACCGUUUGAGUGGUGUCAAUUCAGAGCAUCUGAUGUUCUUCAAAUUCAUCGGACGAAUCAUCGGCAAGGCUUUGUACGAAGGCCGCGUCCUGGAUUGUCACUUCAGUCGCGCAGUCUACAAAUGUAUCCUCAGUCGGUCAGUGUCUAUCAAGGAUAUGGAGACUUUGGAUCUUGACUACUACAAGUCUCUUCUUUGGAUGCUUGAAAAUGACAUCACAGACAUCAUCACUGAGACGUUUGCUGUCGAGACGGAUGACUUUGGUGAGAAACAAGUGAUCGAUCUUAUUGAGAACGGUAGCAAUAUCCCGGUCACCGAGGAGAACAAGGAAGAAUACGUGCAGCGUGUCGUCGAUUAUCGCUUGAUUGGGUCCGUCAAAGAACAACUAGACAACUUUUUGAAGGGAUUCCAUGAAAUUAUCCCUGCCGAUCUAAUUUCGAUCUUCAAUGAGCAGGAGCUCGAGUUGCUAAUCUCUGGUCUGCCUGAGAUUGACGUUGACGACUGGAAGGUCAACACUGAGUACCAUAACUAUUCGGCCUCGUCGCCCCAGAUCCAGUGGUUCUGGCGUGCUGUCCGUUCCUUCGACAAGGAAGAGCGUGCUAAGCUCUUGCAGUUCGUCACGGGCACGAGCAAGGUUCCAUUGAACGGCUUUAAGGAAUUGGAGGGUAUGAAUGGAGUCAGUCGGUUCAAUAUCCAUCGGGAUUAUGGCAACAAGGAUCGCCUUCCAAGUUCCCACACUUGUUUCAACCAACUUGAUCUGCCCGAGUACGAGAGCUACGAGACUCUGAGGCAACGUCUUUACACCGCGAUGACUGCUGGUAGCGAAUAUUUCGGGUUUGCAUAA